UAUAAAAUGUCUCAAAUGCUGAAACGUUUGCAGAUAGCCGCGUUCCAUAUGCCAAAAUUGGAUGGUCGCUUAAUUCUCGCGUAUAGAUGCUUUUCUUCAAUUAAGUUUGAGCCAGCUGGAGGAGGAAAUCUUUUGCCUGCCGCUGAUCCGAAUGAAUAUGGUGAUGUGCCGGAUUCUAUUGAGCAGGCAUAUGGUCAAGAAAAGAAGAUGAUAAUUGCUCGCCUUAUGGGCGAUGACCGCUACGAGCCAAAACUAUUCUAUCGAGCGGAGAACAGCACUCGCGACUAUCCUAAUUUGGUUCCUUGUCACUUGAACGAGAAGCACAUGGUUUGCAAAUGUGAACCUGAUGCUUCAUAUCUUAUGGAAUGGAUUAUCCGGAAAGAUGGAAAGCCUCAUCGUUGUGAGUGUGGACAUUGGUUCAAGGCGGUUGACGCUGAGCCUGAAACCGUUUAA